GCUCAGCUGCCAUCUUUCAUGCAUGGAAUCGUUCCACAGCAAUGCUUCUAGAGGGAGCCACGUAGCUGCGCCCUAGCCCACUCGAUCACACCCCGAUUCAUCAGGCGUACCUCUUGCAGGUGUGUGCCAUGAAGAAAGAGGGAAUUCCAUGGAUGACGCCCUUCUUUCUUCCAGAAUCCUACGGAGCUACGUUCUUAUCUGGGUACAUUGGCCGGUUAAGCUUAUGGGAGAGUUCAGUCAUUCCCUAACGAUGGGAUGGGAAAUGCUCCAAUAUACUCUCCGCGUUGUUGAUCAUAUCCAGGUAAUCUCUCCGGAUGAUGAUGAUGAUGAUGAUGUACGAGAUACGAAAUUAUACCAUGGUUGGAGCACGCUAUCUCAUGAUUCCCUAUGUAGGAAAAGGGCUUUACAAAUUCUGGGGCAAUCAAGCAACUGUUCAUCGACAAUUGGCUGUCAUUGUUCGAGAUGACCUCAAAUGUUCGGGAGAAUCCGUCAACAUAUGAGGACUUCCGAGGGACUCCCGAGGGUACACCAGUGGAAGGCAAGAAAAAGCAAUCCACAUUUGAUCGAGGGAGCUGACGUCCAUGCCGACGAGAAAGUUGCCGA